GGAAACACUGCGCAGUUGUCCGUGAGGAUGAGGAGCCGCAGCAAUUCAGGAGUGAGGCUGGACGGAUAUGCUCGGCUGGUCCAGGAGACUAUCCUGUGUCAUCAGAACCCAGUGACUGGCCUUCUCCCUGCCAGCAUCCAGAAGAAGGAUGCCUGGGUGAGGGAUAACGUGUACAGUGUCCUGGCUGUGUGGGGGCUGGGCAUGGCUUAUCGCAAGAACGCCGACCGCGAUGAAGACAAAGCCAAGGCCUACGAACUGGAGCAGAGCGUGGUGAAGCUGAUGCAGGGCCUUCUGCAGUGCAUGAUGAGACAGGUGGAUAAAGUGGAGAAGUUCAAACACACCCAGAGUACAAAGGAUUGCUUGCAUGCCAAAUAUAACACAGCUACCUGCGGCACAGUGGUGAGGGAUGACCAGUGGGGCCAUCUGCAGGUGGACGCCACCUCCAUUUACCUGCUAAUGUUGGCACAGAUGACAGCCUCAGGUCUCAAAAUAAUCUCCAACCUUGAUGAAGUAGCUUUUAUCCAGAACUUAGUUUUCUACAUUGAGGCAGCCUACAAAGUGGCGGAUUAUGGGAUGUGGGAGCGAGGUGACAAGACCAACCAGGGCAUCCCCGAGCUCAACGGCAGCUCUGUAGGAAUGGCCAAGGCAGCUCUGGAGGCCAUCGAUGAGCUGGAUCUGUUUGGGGCUCACGGAGGGCCGAAGUCAGUCAUUCACGUUCUACCAGAUGAGGUGGAGCACUGUCAGGCCAUCCUCUGCUCCAUGCUACCACGAGCCUCAACUUCCAAGGAGAUAGACGCCGGCCUUCUGUCCGUUAUUUCAUUCCCUGCUUUUGCCGUGGAGGAUGCUGACCUGGUGGCCAUCACCAAGUCCGAAAUUAUCAGCAAGCUGCAGGGUCGAUAUGGCUGCUGUCGCUUCAUCAGGGAUGGAUAUCACUGUCCUAAAGAGGAUCCAUCUCGGCUGCACUAUGAUCCUGCAGAGCUUAAGUUGUUUGAGAACAUCGAAAGUGAGUGGCCGGUGUUCUGGACGUAUCUCAUCCUUGACGGCAUCUUUACUGGAGAUCAAGUGCAGGUGCAGGAGUACCGAGAGGCGCUGGAAGGUGUUUUAAUCAGAGGGAAAAAUGGCAUCAAACUCCUGCCUGAACUUUAUGCUGUACCACUUGAUAAGGUGGAGGAGGAAUACAGCAAUCCCCACUCUGUGGACAGGAUGGCCAUGGGACAGUUCCCUCACAUGUGGGGACAAUCCCUCUACAUUGUGGGAUGCCUUCUGGCUGAGGGUUUUCUUGCACCAGGAGAGAUAGAUCCUCUCAACAGGAGAUUCUCUACAAACUUCAAACCUGACGUUGUGGUACAAGUCUGUGUACUAGCAGAGACAGAAGCGAUAAAGGAGUUGCUAAGAGAUGCUGGCGUUGCGGUGCAGACCAUAUCAGAGGUUAUGCCUAUUCGAGUCAUGCCUGCUCGCAUCCUGAGCCACAUCUAUGUCAGACUGGGAAACUGCAGGAAGCUGAAUUUGAGCGGAAGGCCGUACAGACACAUUGGAGUUCUGGGAACGUCCAAGUUCUACGAGAUCAGGAAUCGUUCCUACAUCUUCACCCCUCAGUUUUUAGAUCAGCAUCAUUUCUACCUGGCGCUGGACAACCAGAUGAUUGUUGAGAUGUUACGAACCGAGCUGGCCUACCUGUCGUCGUGCUGGAGGAUGACGGGACGGCCCACGCUCACCUUCCCUAUCACACGCAGCAUGCUGGUUGAAGAUGGAGACGCAAUAGAUCCAUGUAUCUUAUCCACACUCCGGAAGCUGGAGGAUGGCUAUUUUGCCGGAGCGAGAGUGCAGAUGUCAGAUCUGUCCAGUGUCCAGACUACGUCUUUCCACACCCGUCUGACCUUCCUGGAUGAAGACACUGACGAUAGUUUAUUUGACGACGUAGAAGAUGAAGAUAAUGAUGAAUACAGAGCUGAAUAUGACACACCUGAUCUGGACUCUCAGAACACAUUUGACCAGUACAUCACACAGCUCCUUCACAGCACCACCACCAAGUCCUAUCUACCUCCCAUCCAGAGGGGGCAGCACCACAUCUUCAGCCCUGAGCACACCACCAGAGACAUCCUGUCUUUUAUGGCUCAGGUCCAAGGCUUGAAAAUGCCCAAGACCUCAAUGUAUCUUCCUGUGGCUCCAAUCACAAACAAGCAUCGGAGAUCCUUGAACCUCCUUGAAGUUCCUCAUCCUCAGCCUGGCCUGCAGCCCAAGCAGCCUGAGCAGCCCAAGCUCUGCAGUAUUUCCGAGCUACAUCUGCCAAGAGACUCUCAGGGCAACACCGACUUUGCAGCACUGGUGAAUCAGAUAAAGGAGUGUUCGACUUUGCAGGACCAGACUGACAUUCUCUACAUACUCUACGUUAUGAAAGGAGCGGAGUGGUUGGUGGAGCUUUCAGGACCUGGACAGGGCGGCGUCAGCGUGCGCUCACUGCUCGAGGAACUGUAUGUGCAAGCUGGAGCCUGCAAAGAGUGGGGGCUCAUUAGGUACAUCUCUGGAAUACUACGCAAAAGAGUGGAGGUCCUCGCCGAGGCCUGCACAGAUCUGAUUUCUCAUCACAAGCAGCUGACGGUUGGUCUUCCUCCUGAGCCAAGAGAAAGAGUGAUCACCAUGCCACUCCCCCCAGAGGAGUUAAACACUCUGAUAUAUGAAGCCAGUGGUCAGGAUAUCAGCAUAGCUGUUCUCACUCAGGAAAUCAUGGUUUAUUUAGCCAUGUACGUUCGCUCCCAGCCCGCUCUUUUUGGCGACAUGCUCCGCCUCAGGAUCGGACUCAUCAUGCAAGUGAUGGCCACUGAACUGGCUCGCAGCCUGCACUGUUCAGGAGAGGAGGCGUCUGAGAGUUUGAUGAGCCUGAGUCCAUUCGAUAUGAAGAACCUGCUGCAUCACAUCCUCAGUGGCAAAGAGUUUGGGGUUGAGAGAAGCAUGCGUCCAAUCCAGUCCACAGCCACGAGUCCUGCGAUCUCUAUUCAUGAACUGGGCCACACAGGUGCCACAAAGACUGAACGCACAGGGAUUCACAAGUUAAAGAGCGAAAUAAAACAUCUGGAUGGUUCUCGACCUGUCAGUAUCUUCAGUGGCGGCCUUUCCUUGAGUAGCAAUGUAACUUCCCCUCGCUCCACGAACCUAUCUCCACCAAUCACAAAUGGGUCAAGGACCUCUAACAUUAGCCCAGUGUUGUGGGAAAAACUGCAGUUGCUUCUGACUUGUUUAAUGGGCUCAAAUAAGCUUGAAAGUAAGAACAGUGGUGUGCUGGUCCUGCAGCGUUGCAGCAGCCCCUCCACCCCCAGUGGAAUGCUGUCCCCAGUGGGACAUGGCCUGGAAGAUGGGCAGCUGCACUGGGAGGAAAGGCAGGGCCAGUGGCUGAGGAGACGGCGGCUGGAUGGAGCAAUCAACAGGGUGCCGAUGGGUUUCUACCAGAAAGUUUGGAAGAUUCUGCAGAAGUGCCACGGGCUGUCCAUUGAUGGAUAUGUGCUGCCCUCGUCCACCACAAGAGAGAUGACCGCAGGAGAGAUCAAGUUUGCAGUGCAAGUGGAAUCUGUCCUGAACCACGUCCCCCAACCGGAGUACAGGCAGCUGCUGGUGGAGACUGUGAUGGUUCUGGGUCUGGUGGCUGAUGUGGACGUGGACAGCAUCGGUGGAAUUAUCCACGUGGACCGCAUUCUGCAUUUGGCCAACGAUCUAUUCCUAAAUGACCAGAAUUCACUCAGCGCCAGUGAUUAUUUCCUUGAGAAGGACCCAGCUACUGGAAUUUGCAACUUCUUCUACGACAGCGCCCCUAGUGGCAGCUAUGGCACAAUGACUUAUCUCUCCAAGGCAGUUGUCACUUACGUCCAAGACUUCCUGCCAAGUUCCAGCUGUCUGAUGCAGUGAAGAAACCGACUCCAGAGAGCCGAAUAAAGCCUGUCUGGUGGCAGAAGGGCAAAGCA